UCGGCUUAUACUGGGUCCAAUUGUUAUUCGCGUGGGAUGCGCAACUUUUGUCCCAGUCAUCACCAUGCACAGCACAUGUAUCCAAGGAAUACACACAUGUACAUGUAUAGUCAGCAGUGUUCGGUUUUUAUCAUGGUCAUUAUGUAGGCCUACACGUAUAAUCAACCAGGCAUGCAUGUCAGUGCUUGUAUGGGUAAUUUUGAUACCACUUUGUUCUGGCAAGCAGCGCAAAUUUAGGAACCUCAUUGGCGUGAUAUCCUGCUGUGGAACUUUGCCAGGAAUCAAUUAAGAAGAAGUCAUUCCAUUGUCCACGCACAAUAAAAGUCAACUAUAUUCUUGACAAUUUGUGACAUCGAUCUCGCCUACCGCAAGAAAUUGGAAAAUACACGACAUUUGAUGGCAUGCACAUCAAGUGAAAAUGCAUUAACAUUGUCAGUUCAUCACAUUGGUACAUCGAUUGCUAGGCUGGAUGCUUGCUAGUGUUACGCCCGUGCACGUCUUACUCUGCGGCGUGGUUUGCCUUAUCUCAUGGUGGUGGUGCCGGCAAUCCGCGGCGGGCCUGCCUCCAGGACCCUGGGGUGUGCCAGUGUUGGGGCUCCUCCCGCGGGUCUUCCUUGAGCAGCGCCGAGGCUCCCAUCCUCACCUCCUCUUCACAGAGUACGCCCGGCACUACGGACCGAUCUUCAGCGCCAGGAUCGUCAACAAGACGCUGGUGGUCCUCAACGACUAUGAUUCGGUGAGGCAAGCCUUCCAGAAUCCGAACUUGAGCGACAGGCCGCCGAGUACUCUGAUCGCAGAAGCGAUGAAAAGUGAAGGCGUUGCUAUGGCUUCGGGGGAACCGUGGAAGGACCUCAGACGAUUCUGCCUGACCGUCUUGAGAAGCUUCGGCGUGGGUAAGUCCAGCUUUGAGGAGCAGAUCGGCGCGGAGGGCCGAGCGUUGGUUCAGACGAUGACCAGCUACGGUGGCCACCCCUUCGACCCCAAGUACCUGAUCGGCAACGCCGUGGCUAACGUAAUCUGUUCGGUCGUGCUCGGAAAACGAUACGAGUACUCAGACGCAAACUUCUCCUACCUGAUGCGAGUGUUCCAUCGGAUCGUCAAUCACGUUGGGUCCGGGGGACUCUUGAACGCCGUCCCGGUCAUGCGCGUGUUCACGCGCAACAAGGCAGACGUCUACGCGAGCUUCGGCGAGUUCAGGAGCUUUAUCCUCUCCGUUGUUGAGUCUCACCGAGCGACAUUGGACCCAAAGAACCCACGGGAUUUCAUUGACGUCUUCCUGAAUGAAAUUGAAACCAACGAAAAAGCCAUGUCGAAUGGCACUAUCCAAGAAAACGGUUCCACUUCCACGAGCGGUUUCGUGGCUAAGAAGAGCAUCCCUCCUAAUGGUCUCCCACGGACGCAUCACCCUCACCUCAGCGACAAGCGCAUCGUGGGCACCAUUGGGAACCUGUUCGCAGCUGGCAUGGAGACUACUGCCACCACUCUCCUCUGGGCCCUCCUGUACAUGGCUGCCUACCCAAAGAUCCAGGAGCGAGUCCAGGCAGAGAUCGACGCUGUGGUCGGUCGCAAUCGCCUGCCCGUGAUGGCAGACAAACCGGAGCUUCACUUCACCCAGGCCGUGCUGCUGGAGGUGCAGCGGAUUGCGGUGGUGACCCCACUCGGGAUACCGCACGCAGCGGCAUCAGACACUGAGGUGUUGGGCUUCAAGGUGCCCAAGGGUAGCCUGCUGGUGUCCAACUUUUGGGCACUCUUCCGCGAUCCCAACAUUUGGCCGGAGCCGGACAAGUUCAAACCAGACAGGUUUUUGGAUAAAGAUGGUCUUGCUUUCAAGCCUGAGGAACUUAUACCAUUUAGCACAGGUCGCCGUAGCUGCAUCGGGGAGCACCUGGCCAAGAUGGAACUCUUCAUCUUCUUCAGCUACUUCAUGCAUCAGUUUACCUUUGAAAAACCCGACGAAGCGCCCCCGUAUACGUUUGAGGCACGGGUUGGCUUAACCCACUAUCCCGUGCCGUACCAGAUCCGUGCUCUCCAACGAAACUAAAAUCUGUACGGCCCUGAUUUGUUUCCACAGCAUAUGCAUACAUUUCUAAUUGCUCAAGUCUGGGGGUCCCUCACACUAAGAUCUUCUCGGUACCUUGACACGAUUAUGCCCUCCCGGGUUGGUAGAAUGUACAUGUAAUCUAACCCCACAUAACGAAGAAAAAUUAAUACAGUUUUCUUGCAACUAUGCUCUACAUGGAAGCUGAAUCAAUUUCCCAGGUACGGUCACGAAAACUUGUUAUUUAGUUAAGGCGUUUUCUCUUCUGAUAACUCCAGAAAAAGCUGCAAAUUCUUUGUUCUGUCUAAGAUACACUUCCAGACCCUAAUCUUAUCUGCUCAUGCCGAUGACAGUGUCUUCUUUGUAUCAUGAAGUUGUUGAGAGUCAAAAAUUUGUUCAAGUGCCACUCUAGGAGAUACGCUGUUUUGCUGCUACCAACAUCCAAAGGUUAACUCCAUAUCCUUACAGACAGCAUGCUAUUUUUAUCGCGUAAUACACCCAGGGAGAUAUUUAUGUAUGCAUAGUAUAUCAAUCUAAAUUGGGGUGCAGUUUUUCGUGUUCCUCUCAAAUCGGAUGUUUCCAAGAGCGAUUAAGUAAUGCAGAGCUACCUGCCAAACAAAUUUGGUAUUUCCAUGUCAAGUUAAACAGGUAUGGUGUAACAGGGACAGCAACCUGUCGCACUUUUGGACCCCAAAUAGAAUGAUCCACGUACACGUUAUGGGCGUGUCAAGUGGGGGAGCAAGAGAGGUGGUUCCAACCCCCCCCCAAAAAAAAAUGGGAAAAAAUAAUGUAUGCAAUGCUGUAUUGUAUCUUCAUCUUAAAAAGGCUUUGUGUGCAGGUGGCCAUCUUGUGGGGCAGUUGUUUUGUUCCACAGGGAAACUUACUUUGCGGAUACCUGUAGAAAAACUUGCCUGCAAGAUGGCAGCCAUGCAAACGCUCUAUGAGUGUUUUGGUGGGGUCUGCCUGAUGGUCUGGAGGUUCGAUCGUCCGAACGCAUAGUUCACAUUGCUGGUUCGUUUAUAUUCCAAAAAAUGAAGAGCGGUUUGCAAAUCUGAUGCGAUAUUUCGAAAGUUCUCUCUUCUGAAUUUAGAAUAAGGUUCGAUAUCCCGAAUGCCGGGACAAUAAAGUUUAAUAAUCAACCUUCGGACUAUCGGGAUGUCGCAUUUUGUUGCAGGUGCAUUAUGUUGUACUUCCACCGAACAGAUAUAUAUCGUGUAUAUAGGUGGCUAGCUACAAGGUUAGGACAGGGUAUAACAAUGCAAUAAGCCUCCAAUAGCCUACAAUCACAUGACACGCCUUACCCUCCAUUAAUUAAAGAAUGACUGUUUGACAAUUUUUGUCAACAUCUUGGAAGCAAUUCAGUUUUCUCAUCAAAGUGUACAUUUUUUGAUGUGAUGAAGCCCCACUAAUUGGCUCCGUGAGUCCUUUUGUGUUUCAAUAUGGGGCGAUAUUCACGUGUUUCUUAAAAUUUGGCGUAAUAAAAACUACUGAAGUCUGGUUACUAUUUCAAAUCUACCAAACGGAAAUGUCCAGAGGAUGUGUUGUAAAUACUAGUAAUCGACAAAUGAUCCUCCUUAGAAGAAAUUUUCAGAAUAAUAAAAGUAUCUGUUUGCAUCACACUUUUCUUUAUUAUCAUUUUUAACCAAAAUAACUUUAAUCAUUGUUUGAAUAUUAGUUUAAUUCAAAAAUUAAUAAUACUUUUGUUAGGUAGGUGCAUUGAGUGUUGCUGUCUCUUAGAAUUAGUGUUGAAAUGGUGAAUCAGUUUGCAGCAAUGGCCAGUUAUAAUUCUUUGUAAAACAAUGGAUAAAAUUGAUACAAACCGGCACACAACUAAAAUACAACUUGUAAGCAACGAUAUCAAA